AGCCAGUGACGUCAUCGCGGUUCCCGGCCCUCCACCAGGAGGGCCGGCCAGUUGCUCAGUCUCGCUCUCAGGCCAGGAGAUCCGUCUGUCCUGGGGAAGGGGUGACUCCAGCUCCCCUUAGCCUGCGGGCCGCACCCAGUCCCCCCGCCCCUCUGUGUCCAAGUUUCCUGGCCGCUGAAGGAGAAAUGAUACAACUACCCCUGGGGUCACUGAGAGCCAGAGGGGGUGUGCGUGGGGCACCAAGAAUUUAGAAGGCACUGAGUACACGGUGGCCAGGAUCCUGCGAAAAGCGAGAACAGCCCCGGCGAAUGUGCACAGAGUCCUCAAAGUGCCUGGCGCACUCCCAGGUCCCCUCUGCCGGUUCUCUCCCGGGCCGGAUGGUGCAGUGGUGAGAGAGCGCACUCUGGAGCCAGAUGGCCUGGCUUCCAAGCCCUGCCCUGCCACUUGCCUACCGUGGGACUGUAUGUGAGCUUACCAGACUUCUCAGUGCCUCGGUUUCUUCACCUGUAAGAUGGGGGCGAUGAUCGCCUCUGCAAAGGGUGGUUGUGAGGGUUUAAGAAGUUGACUAUGUGUGAAGUGCUGAGCACGUCACCUGGCACGUGUGUGGUGACGGCCAACCCUUUAGUGGGUUCCAGUGUUCCCGUCCUGAAGGUGGCAAAUCUGAGCUGAGUGCAUUGCCCCAGGUCUUAGCUGGUUCAGGUACACGUCAGGUCCCGUGCCUCCCAGAUGCUCCUAUAGUCCUACCCUUGGGGACAGAGCCCAAGCCUGUUUUGUUCCCCCAGCCACCUGCCAGGCCCCCAGGAUGUUCUUAGCUGCUGGCCAAGUGGACAUCACCAGGAGAGGGUGAGGGUCCAAGGGCAAUAGUCCUGGGUAAGGUUACGGGCUACGGCACAACCUCCCCGCCCCUCUCCCUCCAGACCUGCGUCUGUAAGUUGCACAGCCCAGGGCAGGGGCUGGGGAAGCCAGGUGCCCAGGAGACCCCACUGCGUCUGAGGCAAGGGCUUUAGGACCCAGCACGCAUCCCCGUGUGUCUGGAGCCCACCCGUCCUGCAAGCUUGCCAGCCAGCCCCUUAGCAGCCAGCGCCCAGGCCGCCGGAGCCCCAGGCUUCUCUGCAGAAAGUCCCCAAGGCUGCUUGGCCGUCUGCCUCCUCGGCGCAGUUCCAGCCGGUCUGUGGAGCUGAAUGGGGCUGAGGGGUAAAGCGCUAGGCUUCGAAUCACAGGCUGCCAGCGGCCCGAGGGGGACCGGCCUCACCCGGCAAAGGGGCCCGUGUGCCGCGUGCAGGAGCAUCACCUCUGACAACCCUCGUGGGUGCCGGAACCCCGGCCUGGGCCCGCGAUGGCCACGUGUCGUAGAUAGCACUGGCUGCGUCCUUGGGAAGCUCACAGGUGUGUCACAGAGAGCGAAAGGGACUCUGCCCAGACCUUUUCCAGCUUUCCCAGACCAGCCAGUUCCCGCUGGAGGCUCCUGGGGUCAUCUGGGGAGAACAUGUCCAGGCCCCCUGACUGCCUGCUGCGGCUGCUCCGGGGAGCCCCGAGGCAGCGGGUCUGCACCCUGUUUAUCAUCAGCUUCAAGUUCACGUUUUUCGUCUCCGUCAUGAUCUACUGGCGCAUCGCGGGAGAGCCCGGCGGCCAGAGGGAGUUCUCUAACCUGCCUGCCGACGUCCCCUGCCCCCGGCUGGUGCCCCCUACGCCGAUCUCCAGCACCCCGCCUCCGGGCAACAUCUUCUUCCUGGAGACCUCAGACCGGACCAACCCCAACUUCCUUUUCAUGUGCUCCGUGGAGUCGGCGGCCAGGGCUCACCCCGAGUCCCGGGUGGUGGUCCUGAUGAAGGGGCUGCCCGGUGGGAACGCCUCCCUGCCCCGGCACCUGGGGCUCUCGCUUCUGGGCUGCUUCCCCAACGUCCACGUGCUCCCGCUGGACCUGGAAGAGCUGUUCCGGGACACGCCGCUGGCGGCCUGGUACGCGGCCAGGCGACGCCGGUGGGAGCCUUACCUGCUGCCCGUGCUCUCCGACGCCUCCAGGAUCGCGCUCAUGUGGAAGUUCGGGGGCAUCUACCUGGACACGGACUUCAUCGUCCUCAAGAGCCUGCGGAAUCUGACCAACACGCUGGGCACUCAGUCCCGCUACGUCCUCAACGGGGCCUUCCUGGCCUUCGAGCGCCACCACGAGUUCAUGGCGCUGUGCAUGCGAGACUUCGUGGCCCACUACAACGGCUGGAUCUGGGGCCACCAGGGCCCGCAGCUGCUCACGCGGGUCUUCAAGAAGUGGUGCUCCGUCCGCAGCCUGGGUGACAGCCACGCCUGCCGCGGGGUCACCGCCCUGCCCUGUGAGGCCUUCUACCCCAUCCCCUGGCAGAACUGGAAGAAGUACUUCGAGGACAUCAGCCCCCAGGAGCUGCGCCGGCUGCUCAACGCCACCUACGCCGUCCACGUGUGGAACAGGAAGAGCCAGGGCACCCGCUUCAAGGCCACGUCCAGGGCACUGCUGGCCCAGCUCCAUGCCCGCUACUGCCCCACGACACACGAGGCCAUGAAGAUGUACUUGUGAGGGCCGUGCCGGGCCCCCCCACCCCCCACCCCGCGCCCCACCCAGGCAUCCUGAUGGAGAGGGGCACCCGGUCACCUUUCUCCGGGGGAGGCAAGACGGGGCGGGAGGCGGGGGGGGGGGGGGUGCGGCCUGGGAGAGGGAGGCCCGAGUUGCUGCAGGCCAAGAUUUGGGGCAGGCUGGGGGGAGGGCGGGGAACUGUUGGCCCAGGAGGUGUUCUUGGAGGCCUUGCUGUAGGCCCCUGGAUACACUCCCUUCAGUGUGAGGCUGGUGGGACACCCCCAGGCCAGUGUGCUAUCUCAGGGUGGAGGCAGCCGGUCCCGGGGGGCGGGGAGGGGGGAGCGGCAGCAAGAAUGAGCUGGAGUGAGCCGGGUGAACAUCUGGGUCAUCUGGACGGCACACCAGAGCCGUCGUGAACACCAAAGCGUCUUCCAGGGCAUCACAGGGAAGCCAGGCUGGUGGGGGCUGAGGUGCCCACCACGGGGGCAUGGAAAAACCCAAGAAAAGGGGAGAGGAAGGAGAGGGGAGCUCCUGAGGAGCAGGGGGAGGCAGCCUGUAGGAGAGCCGGGGGUGCAAACCCAGCCUCGUGAACCCAGGUAGGUGCCUGGCUCUUUUCUGCCUUUGGUUUCUUUCUCAGCAGCACCGAGACAUGCAGAGCUGGCCUGGGGAGCCCUUUGGGGGAGGCCUGCCCGCCCACCCCAUUCUUUCUUCUUUCCAGAGUUGUUGCAAGGGUGAGAUGUGCCAGCUGGCCACCCCAGGGCAUGGGGGCGUGGAGUUCUUUUGGCCCAGGAAAAGCAUUUUAAGGAAAACACCCCCCCCCACCCACGAUCAACACAUGAUAAUAAUAAAUAUAAUAAAAGUGACGCCCUGACACCAA